CCUGGGUUAAAGGGAAGAGGACAUAGACUUCAUUUCCUGAUGGGAGGAGCACCAAAGCCACAGCAGAAGAGCAUGUGGGAUGGAAGGCGCUGUUGCAGCAUCUUUGGAGAAUGUAAUCUGGCACACGAGUUCCUUAGAACAACUUACUACCAUGUGAAUGUCAAUUCUUUUAUCAGUUAAUGUAUUGCCUGUUUCCAGGGUGGAGGAGUCCAUCAGAAGAUACACAGCCACUCAAAAGCCUUUUUCUUUUGGACAGUGAUGAAUGCAAAUUUGUCGAGGGAAUCCAGAAAACAAUCAUGGACCUUAUUGAUGAGUUUAAAGAUGAGUUCCCUACCAUCCUAAGAUUAUCACAGUCUAAUCAGAGAAGAGAACCCAUGCAGAAAACAUCAAAAAUCAGAAUGGCCAUUGCUUUAGCGAAGAUCAACCGGGGAACAUUAAUUCAAGGAUUACACAGCAUAUCCAGAUCCUCCAAAUCAGUGGCCGAACUCCUGCAGCCUCAGCUUGUCUGUAGACUUGUUGAGUUAAGGGACAUAGCUCAUCAUCUGCUGAGGGAAGUUAAUGCACCAAAGCAACCCCUAUAUAAUGUGCAGGUCAGGAAGGGUUCUUUGUUUGAUAUCAUUUCCUUCCCAGCAAAGACUGCUUUAACGAGCCUAAUAUAUGCCUCAUAUGCAGCAUUAAUUUAUUUGACAGUCUGUGUUAAUGCUGUUCUGGAGAAGGUAAAGAAAAUUUUCCAAGAAGAAGAAUCCAUAAGGCAAAACAGAGAGGAGAGUGAGAAUCUUAGAAAAGCCUUUUCUGAGCCUGUGCUUUCUGAUCCUGUGUUUCCUGAAGGCGAAAUCAAAGCAAAACCUUACAGGUCAUUGCCGGAGAGGCCAGACAAUGUUUCAGACAUUCCUGCCAAUCAUUUGAGUGAUAAGAUCCAGGUUUUACAUUCUGUGUUUGACCAAUCAACUGAAAUAAAUGAGUGAGGAAAUCUAAACACAAAUAUCA